UGUACAAUUACAUCUCGUCGUGUUCCUCGGACAGUGCUGUUAAACUUCAGAACUUGGGACUCCGGAGACAGUCAGUCAGUCGGUGAACGUUUCUCAACAAGUCGACAGAUCAACCAGCAGACCGACACUAUGAGGGAAAUAGUUCACAUACAAGCAGGCCAGUGUGGUAACCAAAUUGGAACCAAGUUUUGGGAAGUGAUCAGUGAUGAACAUGGCAUCGACCCAGCAGGAAAUUAUGUCGGCGACUCAAUUCUGCAGCUGGAGAGGAUAAACGUUUACUACAACGAGGCAUCCUCCCAGAAGUACGUCCCACGAGCAGUUCUGGUUGAUUUGGAGCCUGGCACAAUGGAUAGUGUUCGAUCAGGGCCUUUUGGUCAACUUUUCAGACCUGAUAACUUAAUUUUUGGGCAAACAGGUGCAGGGAACAACUGGGCAAAAGGCCAUUAUACUGAAGGGGCCGAGCUGGUGGACUCCGUGCUGGAUGUGGUGAGGAAAGAAUGCGAGCACUGUGACUGUCUACAGGGGUUUCAGCUCACUCAUUCCCUGGGAGGAGGCACAGGGUCUGGAAUGGGAACGCUACUCAUCAGCAAAAUCCGAGAGGAAUAUCCCGACAGGAUUAUGAAUACCUUCAGUGUCAUGCCUUCUCCCAAAGUGUCAGACACUGUAGUUGAACCUUACAAUGCCACCUUGUCCGUCCAUCAGCUGGUUGAGAAUACUGAUGAAACUUACUGCAUCGACAACGAGGCCCUUUACGACAUCUGUUUUCGCACACUCAAGCUCACCACCCCCACGUAUGGAGACCUGAACCACUUGGUGUCAUCGACUAUGAGUGGGGUCACCACCUCCCUGAGAUUCCCAGGACAGCUCAAUGCUGAUCUACGGAAACUAGCUGUCAACAUGGUGCCAUUCCCUCGCCUUCAUUUCUUCAUGCCUGGUUUUGCACCACUCACAGCCCGUGGCAGCCAGCAGUACCGUGCUCUCACAGUCCCCGAGCUGACACAGCAAAUGUUUGAUGCAAAAAAUAUGAUGGCGGCCUGCGACCCAAGGCACGGGCGCUACCUAACGGUGGCCACCGUAUUCCGGGGUCCCAUGUCGAUGAAGGAGGUGGACGAGCAGAUGCUGGCUAUCCAGAACAAGAACAGUAGUUACUUUGUGGAGUGGAUUCCCAAUAAUGUCAAGGUGGCAGUGUGCGACAUUCCUCCCCAAGGCCUCAAGAUGGCUUCCACGUUCAUAGGCAACAGCACCGCCAUUCAGGAGCUGUUCAAGCGAAUCUCAGAGCAGUUCUCUGCCAUGUUCAGGAGAAAGGCUUUCCUACACUGGUUCACUGGGGAAGGGAUGGAUGAGAUGGAGUUCACAGAGGCAGAAAGCAACAUGAACGACCUUGUCUCAGAGUACCAGCAGUACCAGGAGGCCACAGCUGAUGGAGAGGAGACAUUCGAGGAGGAAGAGGAAGAAGUGAAUGAAUAAACAAAACAAUCAUUAAAUCCCCAAUGUUCAGAAUUUUCAUUUGUAUACCUUUUUCCAGUUUAUUUACAGUAAUUAGAUUCCUACAUACUGGUUUGGUCUUGUAAUGUAGGUUAAUGUGAUAAAAACCUUCACAGCCCUCGACAGGUUAUUGUUAUAUAAGUGAAUCAGCAAUAUAUGCAAGUAACAAAUUCUCCACCAAGGACUAACACAAAGCAGGUCACCAUGAUCUACAUCCAUGACAUACAUUUAGUUUGUGUUUUAACUUGUAACAAUUAUGGAUGCCUUUUGGGCAAGUACAGUUAUGGUUCAGGUAUUUUAACUUUAUAGUGAUUACUACACAAUUUUAUGAAUGUAGAGAUUCUAAUUUACUAUUUAGAAUUGCAUUUGGUAAGAAUAAGGUUUUCUUUUAAUAUUGCAGUGCUGAAGUGUUAGGGAAAAAUAAAAUAAAUAAAUAUUAUGUAUGAGA